AUGAUUAAAUUUAUUAAUAUUUCUCAUAAACUUAUUUGUUCUCCCUUUCCCAAAAUUUUGAACUUGGUUAGUCGAUCAAGCUUUUCAACAAAUCAAGUAAAAAACAAUACUACACGUAAGCUUCUUGAAGGAUGUGGUAUAAUGGGCUCAUAUGCUAAUGCUCUAUUUCUAACUACACAAAAGGCUGGUAAUUUGAACGAGGUAAUGAAUGAUUUGAGGUUCAUUUCAAAUUCUCUAUUAACAUGUGAAGAUUUUAGAACUUUCAUGACAACUCCUGGCCUCAGGACUUCACAGAAGAUGAAAUUUCUCAAGGAAGAUUUUGGAACAUUGACACGAUCUCCUCUACAGGCCCAAACAUUAAACUGUUUAGAGUUGUUAUUUGACCAAAAAAGGUCAACAGAGGUUUUAACCCUAGCAAAGCACUUUGAAACUCUAUUUUUAAGCGCAAACAAUCAACUUAAAUGUCUAGUUCAAUCAGCAGAUAAACUAACAGAUGAUAUGAAGGCGAGAAUAGUUGACGCUUUGAGGCAUAGAUUAGGUAACUCUUGUGAACCAGUUGUUGAAUAUAAAUUAAACCCUUCAAUUCUCGGAGGAUUGCUGGUUAAUGUCGGAGAUAAAGUUGUAGAUACCUCAGUAUCAAGUAAACUUGAAAGGAUUCAAUCACACUUGUUAUCUAGGUAUUGA